CUUUGUUCCAAGGGCCCCACUCACCUCUUCACUUUCGCUCUCCCUCCGCUCCACCACUUGAAGACGAAAGAUGGAUCAUAAUGACGCCGAACACGAUUCGGACACGGACUCCGUCGUAUCGGCUCACUCUGAAGUCCAACUUAACGAGUUUUUGGACGAUCAACAAGGACUGCGCAGACUCUCGGUCUGCGAGAUAGACUGUCACGCCACCAGGCUCAUGACAGCGACGCGUGAACACAAUGUGCGCGAAAUGAGGCGCAUUCUGGAGAAUGGCGCCGAUAUCAACGCGUUUGCGCGAUGCACCAGACCGACAUCCACUCGACAUGCAUGGUACGCUGCCGGCUCUUGCGUAUCGGCUUUGUGGGUCGCGAUCGAUAUUGGUAGCUUGGACGCCUUCAAUUUCCUACUUGACCACGGAGCAAGCCCUCACUUACCCGAUGGUUACAUGGGCGACCACGCGGUCCUCUUUGCUGCAUACAGAGGAAGGGCGGAGAUUGUGAGGAUCCUCUUAGAUCAGGGGGCGGACGUGAAUACGAGAGCCAAAGAUGGCCGUACGGCCUUACACUAUGCAUUCCAUCCAAGGGCUGGCGCGAUAAGACAGCUUCUAUCGGACGCGGGUUGCAAUUUCAACGCUCGUAACCAUUUCGGCUGCACACCACGUCAAUUCGCUUGGGAUGAAGCCGUCACACAGGAUCUUAUCCUUCACGGUGCAACGGAUCAGGGGCGCGAAGAUAUGUUGCACGAGUACGUUCCUCGCUCGGAGGACGACGUCAAACGAACAGCAAUAUUGCUGGCGCGUUUGACAGUGCGAGAUCUCGUUCGUCAAAUUUUGGAUUUUGCAGAGUAUUGGGUUCGGCGAAUCGAGUCUUCGGAGAUGGUGACUCCAAAAGUAAGAGGGGGCGGCGAUAGACUCGAGCGCCAAUCGUUAUGCCUCAGCACAGGAAUUAUGGGACGAGUAUAUCGACCUUUGCGCAAGGUCAUCUUCAAAAUCGUCGCUAACGAUCAAGGGUGGCGCACGCACGAUGGAUCGUGGACAUGGUUCGAAGCCGGUGGUUGUCGAGAACAUCGCGAGCUGCCUCGUAGAACUAUCGCAUACAACAUGCCUGCAAACUCAGUUCCGCACACGCAUAUCAAGAUCUGGGACGUGCAUGCCGAUGAAGGCACACAUGACUGGAUGGCACAGUUCAAGCGGGGAGAUACAUUGUUGAUCUAUGCGAAGGCACAAUUCAGUGGAUGGUGCAAUGACGUACUGAACGUUCAGGUGAUGACUUUCUGUGCCUACGUAUAGACUCUCGUACUAGAUCGGUCGUUCUGAAAUGAAGACUCAGACAAUGCUCCUGAAGGUUGUAUAUAUUUUACAUCUUCACAUCCUUCGAUCCUAGUCAAGCAUCGUGGCGAAGCUCAUCAAAUCUCAAAUCAAUGUGUAUGCGGCUAUUCGGUUGGGUCACUGCAAAUUUGGCAAUACCUUCGUUAUGUAUAUCAAUUAGUUACGCGAACGCCUUUCAUUGUGCGCGUGGCUGCGCUUCUUGCUGAUACAGCAAGUCCAAAUCCUGUUCAGUAAAGCAGCGUCGGUUCUGCCGAGUCUUCCAUGCAUGAUGUCCAACUUCGACUGAUUUAUACGAGAGCCGGUAUUUUAGCGCACAUUGCCUCUUACAAUCGCCAUCUUGUAUCCUCUACGUAACAUGCUGGGCGACUACGACCCCACACACGACUCAGACUG